AUGAAUGGUGAUAUGAUGUUAACAUUGGCUAAUGAAAAGAUCAUUACCGACGAGGAACAAUUCGAUCUUCGCUGUCUGAUUUGCUAUAUUGCAUUGAAGCCGUCAACGACAACAACAACUAAUGAAUAUCGUGAAGCAUAUUCUUAUUUAAAUGAUGGUUCACCAUAUCAACAUGCAAACAAUGUUAACACCAGUCAAUUCAAAGCGAAAUCAAAUGCAUUCUAUCGUGGAUGUAAUACAGAUGAUUACUUUACUCUGUGUCUAAAGAUAGAUCAUGCAGCAGGUCUAGUAACGUUAAGUCAUGCCGGACCCAAUAGUCUAUAUAAUCAUGAGAAGAUUGAAUGUCGCUUCAGUAAAUCUGAUUUAGAUUUAUCAAAACUAGAAUAUAUUCAUUUAAGUGCUGGCUAUCACGAUGUUCCUGUACGAAAUCUAACGAUUAGUUUUGAACCAAUCCCUGAAUUGCAUCCAUCGAUCGAUACAACUUUCAAAAUAGAUACAUCUAGUUUACUUGAAAGACAUCUUGUUCCAGUUUCCUAUGUUGAUCCCAAUGCGCUUGAUACUAAACGAAUUAAAAGAAUUCGACCUAUGCGAAUUGUACCACCGUCAAAUAAUCAGACUUUCAGUCUAUUAGAUCGUGUGGGUCAUGCGUUAUGCUGUAAUAACGUUAAUGCAGUUGUGCCAGUUGAAGUAGAUGACGCGGCUCCUCCAAAACUGAAACCUUGCACCGAUUCUGUUUAUUGUUUACAGCAAAAGUCAUCGAGGCAUAUUAAAGAAUAUUCUCACCCUUGUAGCUUUUCAGAAUUAUGUACAAGAAAAGUAAAGGAACCUCACCUGACACACGAACGGCAUAAUGUUCUGAAAUGUGCACAAGAUAAAAGUUGUCUGAAAAAAGAUGAUCCAGUGCAUCGGGCAGAGUAUCGUCAUACAGAUUUGCCUGAUUAUCUUAUUCCAUGUCAAAAACAAGCUAACUGCUCUAACAAAUCACCCAAACAUCGGAUUAAGUAUUUCCAUGGUGAAGCUCUACCUUUAAUUCGACGAGACCAACCAUUAGAAUACGUACAACCGGAAAGACAUCGUGGAAAUGUUCGCUAA